AUGGCUCGCAUAAAUCUCCCCCCGCUGACGCGGAGCCUGCUCGGCGGCCUGGUCGUCUUCACACUGCUCAACUUUGCGCUGAGGCCAAACGCGGACUGGGUAGAAAAGUCGGAGAAGACGCUCAUAGGCGUCGGCAAUGGCGUGCCCUACCUCACCAUCGUGCCAGGCAGAUCGGUCAUAUAUCCCUGGGUAUUCGCCCUCGCAACCGUAGUCGAGCAGAAUCUCCUCGGCCUCAUCACCACGGGCCUCACAAUAUUCUAUGGCGGACGCUAUCUGGAGCGCGCAUGGGGCUCGCAGGAGUUCACCAAGUUCAUCAUGUUCGUGGCUAUGAUCCCGAACAUUCUGAGCUUCCUCCUCUAUAUGCUGGGCUACCUGAUCUCGGGUUCGGGCGCUGCACUCCACACCACCAUUUCCGGCGGCAUUGCCAUCCAGGCCGGCUUCCUCGUCUCCUUCAAGCAGCUCGUGCCUGAACACACCGUUGCAAUCGCAAAAGGCCUUGUGCGCAUGCGCGUGAAGCACUUCCCCGCCAUAUUCCUCCUCGCCAACACGAUAUCCGGCAUCGUCCUGGGCACCGAAACCGCCAUGUUCCUCGCAUACUUUGGCUUCAUGACCGCCUGGGUCUACCUCCGCUUCUUCCGCAUCAGCCCAUCGCUCGUCUCCUCCGCUACGGGAGACGGAUCUGUGACUAGAGGAGACGCCUCAGAUACCUUUGCAUUCGCGCACUUCUUCCCGGAGCCCAUCUAUACCCCACUUGCAGCCGUCACAGAUGGAGUCUUCAACGCCAUUGUAGCGCUUGGAGUGUGCACGCCCUUCUCUGAGCAGGACAUCGAUGCGGGCAACGAGCAAGCAAGCGCUCGUGCCGAGGGAGGACUUCCGAGCAUCAUGAAUCCGAACAGCCGUGGGGGCAGGGGAGGAGCCACACGCGCUGAGGCAGAGAGGAGGCGAGCUUUGGCACUGAAAGCGCUCGACCAGAGACUGCACGCAGCAGCAGCCCGAGGACCAGCCACUGCUGCUCCAACUGCGCCCGCCUCAUCUGGCCCCUCCAUACUUGGAGAAACAUCCUACGAACCCGAAGCAGAUGCACCUGCAAAGCAAGCAUCAUAA